AUGCGUCUCUACACGGUCGCUCUGAGUUGCUUCGCCGGUCUGGGUUCGUUCUUAUUCGGUUACGACACUGGUAUCAUUACGACCAGUAUUGCCCAUACUAGCUUCAAGGAUUACAUGCACCACCCCAACGCAGCAUGGACAGGCGCUAUUGUAGCCACCUACAUUGCAGGUGAAGCCGUCGGUGCACUCACUCAGUCGGCGAUUGGCGACAAGCUUGGUCGCAAGCGCUUCAUGGCGUUGAUGUGUCUCGUUGUGACUCUUGGUACCGUCAUCCAAACUGCCGCUCAAAACUUUGGCAUGUUCCUCGCUGGCCGUAUCUUCACCGGUAUCGCUGUCGGUGCCCUUGUUGGCACUGUUCCCACGUACAAUGUCGAGAUUUCUCCUCCCGAGAUUCGUGGCUUCAUUGGUGGCAUGUCGGGUCUGAUGAUUGCCGCGGGCACUUUCGCUGCAAACUGGGUCGGAUACCUCUGCGGCUAUCCGUCAUACGGUCAAUUCCAAUGGCGCUUCCCUUUGGCUCUACAGAUUCCACCCGGCGUUAUCCUCCUCAUCGGCCUCUUCACCUUCCUCCCUGAAUCGCCUCGCUGGCUCAUCCGCAACGGCCAGGACGAACUCGCAUACCGGAUGUUCGCUAAGAUCAUGGGUUCAGCCUCACCCGAGACCCGCCACGAGUUUGAAGACAUGCGCGAGCAAGUCCUGUACGAGCAGCGUCAUGAGGUCAAGACUCUCGGGGAGGCGUGGGCACGCUACCGGAAACGCGUCUUCGUUUCCAUUGUUGUUCAGGCAAUGACUUCGCUGACGGGCGUGAAUGUCAUCGCGUACUAUCAAACGACGCUAUAUCAGGCGUUUGGCAUCAAGGGACAGACCAUUCUGCUUAUGUCCGCCAUCUAUGGUACUGUGGGCUUCAUCGCGAACGGGAUUUCCAUCCGCUUUGUCGACAAGGUUGGACGCGUCACCAUGCUCAAGAUUGCGCUUCCCGCCAUUGUCGGCAUCCUCAUCUACUCGGCCGUCAUGGGGCACUUCUUCAACGUCGGCGACAACAAAGUCGGAAAGGGCUUCUCCAUCCUCGGGCUUUACCUCUACACGUUCACCUACUAUCUUGGCGUCAACUCAACGACGUGGCUCUACGGCGUGGAGGUCCUGCCCGUUUCCCUUCGCAGUACCGUCAUGGGCUGGGCAGCAGCAACACACUUCAUCUUCAAUAUCGGUGUCACCGAAGCAGGUCCGACUGCGUUCGCGAACAUCAAAGAAAACUACUACUACGUCUUCGCUGCCACUACGACCAUCUUCGCACUCUUCGUGUACCUGUACUUCCCCGAGACGAAGGGUCGCAGCCUCGAAGCCAUUGCAGAGUCCUUCGGCGACAAAGUCGUUACUGCAGAUGAGAUCAAGUCGGAGGCGCCUGACGACAUCAAGAAGAUUCAGGACGAGCAGAUCGAGGUAGUACCCACGGUCUAA